AUGAAGUUUGUGUGGUUAGACACGAAACCACAACGAUACAUCUGUGCCAACCGUAGUACAUAUAGAGAUAUAUGGCCGCGCCUUGCUUCAAUGAGGGUUCCAGCAGCCUAUUCCCUCACACGGUGGGUCGCACGCAAGGGCGGUGCAUUUCACUGCGCACUGCGGUUGCAUCCCCAUCGGAACCGAGGUUGUUGUUUGGUCGCCCAACGCCCCAUUAAGUCCGGUGCAGCCCUCAUCUCCGUUCCCGUUUCACUUUCCAUCUCAGCUUUUACGCAAGGAAGUGAUGAUGAGAGGAAUAUUGCAGCUCGAUGGGGGCCACUCGAGGAGCUGGCGGGAACACUGACCCGCGAGCUUCAUAAUCCAAGUAGCUUCCACCGACUCUAUCUUGAGUUUUUGCACGAUGUGUACAACAGUGACGCCACGGACCAAUUUGCGGUGAAUGAACCACUGCAAAACGAACUGGAUGCCAUGUAUAUGGGAAAUGCAUUACAUGUGAAGGGGGUCCCUAAUGCUCCCUUUAUAUCGAAGAGUAAACUUGUAACGGCGUCACAGCGUGCCGAUUGGAUUCGCAUAGAUUACCUUCGGCGGCGCAUGGAGCAAAGCUUGCCCCAUUUUGCUUCAAAGUCCACAUCAUGGGGCUUAUCAAUGGCCCUCGCCCGCGCCCUUCGUGACGAUGACGGGGGCCUCACGAUGUAUCCAUUGAUUGACUUUUCCCUACACGACUACGAACCCAACGCGAUGAUACAUUUAACGCACCCCGAGUGCCAUAGUGAGGGCAGUAUUGGGGGACGGUGGUACGACAAAACACAACCUUGUGCGCAUUUAGUUGCUCGUCAAACCAUUCCUGCUGGUAGUGCCGUGACUAUUGCAUAUAGCACUCGCGCCGCGGCUUCGCAAGAGGAUGCGGAGUACUGGAAAAUGAAGUGGGGGUUUGUUCCGGACAGGGAGGGGAGGGCAAGGACUGUGGAGACGGAUGGAGAGAGGCGUGUGCCCACAGGAAUAUAA